AUGGGCCUAAAGCAACGGAUUUCGAAAUGGCUGCCCUCCUCGCCGAGUCUGCCUCUAGAUGACUCUUCGCGUGAGAAGGGCCGCAAUCUCUCCAGAUUCGCUUUCUUUCGCCGGCGGAUACGUUUGAAGGGCAACUCGUCCAUCUCCAUACCCCUGGGCUUUGUUUUACUAUUCCCGUGCAUUGUAAUAGUUCUUGUUCUGCUCCUUUUUGUGCGACAUCCUUCGUCGCCUGGGGGCAUUCUAAUUCCGGCGGGUACGCCGCCUUCUAUCAGGAAAAUCAGUGAGAAAUACGACAAGGUCUUCGCGCCCGGAUGCCGUGCCGUUGAGAAGGAAGUGGAUGCCCCCCGCGCUAACGCGGCCUUUGUUGUCCUUGCUCGGAACAAGGAGAUUGACGGUGUGGUGCAAUCCCUGAAAUCGAUCGAGCGUCACUUCAACCGGUGGUUCCACUACCCCUACGUGUUCCUGAACGACGGUGACUUCGACGACGAAUUCAAGGAGACCGUCAAGAACUACACAAGCGCCCCCGUGGAGUUCGGCAAGAUCGACGAUACCAUGUGGGGUUACCCCAAGUGGGUUGACCACGAGGUUGCCCGGGAGGGCAUCAGAAAGCAGGGAGAUGCUGCCAUCAUGUAUGGAGGAAUGGAGAGCUACCAUCACAUGUGUAGAUUCUAUUCCGGGUUCUUCUACAAGCACCCUCUCCUCAUGAAGUACGAGUGGUACUGGCGUCUGGAGCCCGAGAUCAAGUACUUCUGUGACAUUACCUACGAUCCCUUCAUUGAAAUGGCCAACGCGAACAAGACUUACGGAUUUACGAUCGCCGUCAAAGAACUGCGUGAGACUGUCCCUAACAUCUUCCGCUACGCAUCUGCGUACAAGCGUAAGCACAAUCUCAAGUCCAAGGGACUUUGGGAGAUGUUCCUCGAGCGGCCUGAGGAGGAGGAAGAGCCCAAGCCCGAAGAAGAAAACAAGGACAAGCUUCCCGAGGAAAUUCUGCAGAAUGAGCCUGGCGAAAACACGGUUCCUGAUAUCGACCCGGAAGCCAUGGAAGGCGAAAAGUAUAACAUGUGCCAUUUCUGGAGUAAUUUUGAGAUCGCUCGCUUGGACUGGUUCCGCAGCAAGGAGUACGAGGAAUUCUUCGAGAUGAUGGACAGAAGCGGUGGGUUCUGGACUGAGAGAUGGGGUGAUGCACCCAUUCACUCUCUCGCCGCCGGUGUUCUUUUGUCUCCCGCCGACAUCCACUACUUCCGCGAUUUCGGCUACCGGCACACUACCAUCCAGCACUGUCCCGCCAAUGCCCCCGCCCGCCAGCUGCCUCGCAUCCCAUGGCUCGAGACCACCACGGAGGAUGAAAAGGCGCGCAUUGAAGAAGACGAAUACUGGGCCAACCCCGACCCGGUCAAAGAGAACGGUGUGGGCUGCAGAUGCCGGUGUGAUACAGAUAUCGUGGAUGUCGAGGGCAAGCAGGGCAGCUGUCUCGCCGAGUGGGUAGAGGUUGCUGGAGGUUGGGCAUCCCCAUAG